GCGAGAGUCGGGCCCCGCCGAUUGCCCAGACCACCGCCCCGCCUGUCUACCCACCACACCCGCCGUACUAUUUUAAAAACCUCGAAGAUACCGAGCAUGCGCGCUAUCGAUCCGCCUUACUCGAAAUGGUACCAGUAUCUAGGUUAGCCGGCUAAAAUUAAAGGUUAAUGUACCAAGAGACGUGUGACAGAGACCGACGAUCCCGACACUCCCUCUAAAACGCCUUAUAUGGAGCGUGACGGGAAUACGAUGCGUGCUUCGCCGCGUAUUAAAACACACGAAAAUCACGAAUAUAGGUAAUAGCGCGGGAGCUCUUCAAAUUUUUAUUUAAAAAAGUAUAUAGCCAAAUUUAAAAUUUUCAAAUUGAAACGCCUAAUCAAGACUAUUUGGAUCGCCUAAUUUCCUUGGACUUUUGGGUGCUUUAUAGUACGGACCUGCCUUACUUUUGUUUUAAUUAUGUGUCUGGCUGUGUAGUUAAGCGCGUCUGUGACAGUAGGUGUAGUUUGAAGUUGUAAAGGCAAAAAGGCGGUGGGGACGGCGCGCGGGGGAAUCACCGACGUGAGGGUGGCUUGUGUGAUGCGGCGGCGGCCGCGGCGGCGCAACGAUCGGCAAACAGAAAACCAGUCUACUUCGCUAGUCUGACGAAACCGCAAAGGUCGCCUGCAGCAUAAUAGGGAGCCAUACGCCGCGGCGGAAAGACGGGUGCGCCACGCACUCGUGAGCUAGAGGGUUGUCGGGCGUGGUGCGGGCGGCGGCCGCGGGCCCGGCACCAUGGCGACUGUGGAGGGGCGGCCGGCGCAGUAUGGCGUCACGCUGCGGCAGCUGCGCGAGCUCAUGGAGACGCGCGGCGCCGAGGGGCUGGCCAAGAUCAACGCGCUCGGCGGGUCGCAGGACAUAUGCAAAAAACUCUACACAUCGCCCACAGAUGGUCUUAGCGGUUCGAAAGCGGACUUGCAGCAUAGGCGGGAAGUGUUCGGUUCGAAUCUAAUUCCCCCUAAGCCGCCCAAGACGUUCCUCACGUUAGUAUGGGAGGCGUUGCAGGACGUCACCCUUAUCAUCCUUGAGGUAGCCGCUGUUGUAUCGUUGGGCUUGAGUUUCUACAAACCGCCCGAUGACCCUAAUGCUAUUGAUGAAAUUGGACAUCUUGAUGAAGAUGAAGGGCACUACCAGUGGAUCGAGGGCCUGGCGAUCUUAAUAUCCGUCAUUGUCGUCGUCAUAGUUACAGCGUUCAACGAUUAUACGAAAGAAAGGCAAUUUAGAGGUCUUCAAUCGCGGAUAGAGGGCGAGCACAAAUUCGCAGUGAUCCGGGGCGGCGAAGUGAACCAGGUCCCUAUAAGUGAUAUCGUCGUCGGGGACAUCUGCCAGAUUAAAUAUGGAGACUUGCUGCCCGCCGACGGAAUACUGCUGCAGAGCAAUGACCUUAAGGUCGACGAGUCAUCGCUCACAGGUGAAUCGGACCAUGUCAAGAAGGGAGAAUCUUUUGAUCCCAUGGUGCUAUCCGGGACUCAUGUUAUGGAAGGCUCCGGCAAAAUGCUAGUAACAGCCGUAGGCGUGAAUUCGCAAGCCGGUAUCAUUUUCACGCUGCUCGGCGCCGCAGUCGAAAAUCAAGAUAAGGAAAUCAAGCAGAUGAAGAAAGAAGCUAAAAAGCAGCAACGAAAAGGACAGCGCAAGAGCAUCGCCGGUGAAGAAGACACAACACUGCCAGCGUCCACGAACAGCCACGGUGCGAACCAUGCGAGAAUCGACGACAACCACGUACCUGCGCCUAGCACCACCGAGAAGGUGCCCCAGGAGACCUCGCACAAGAAGGAAAAGUCUGUACUACAAGCCAAGUUAACCAAACUCGCUAUACAGAUCGGUUACGCGGGCUCAACGAUUGCCGUUCUCACGGUCAUCAUUUUAGUGAUCCAAUUCUGUGUGAAGACAUUUGUGAUACAAGGAAAAAGCUGGCACCCGACCUACAUCAACAACUUAGUGAAACAUCUUAUCAUUGGUGUUACUGUACUUGUGGUCGCCGUGCCUGAAGGAUUGCCGUUGGCUGUCACGCUGUCGCUCGCUUAUUCUGUCAAAAAAAUGAUGAAAGACAACAACUUAGUACGGCACUUGGAUGCGUGCGAGACGAUGGGUAAUGCAACUGCCAUUUGUUCCGACAAGACAGGCACGCUCACGACCAAUAGAAUGACAGUAGUGCAAUCUUACAUCUGCGAGAAACUUUGCAAGGUCACACCAAACUUCAGAGAUAUACCGCCUGAGGUUGGGGAAACGCUCGUCGAAGGCAUGUCUGUGAACAGCGCUUUUACUUCACGGAUUAUGCCCGGUCUAGACGCGACUCAACCAACAAUGCAAGUAGGAAAUAAAACCGAGUGUGCUCUCCUCGGCUUCGUGCUAGCGCUAGGUCAAAGCUACGACGCGGUCCGCGAACGUCACCCCGAGGAGUCGCUCACGAGGGUGUACACUUUCAAUUCAGUUCGCAAGAGCAUGUCUACUGUGAUCCCGUAUAAGGGUGGUUAUAGGCUGUAUACCAAGGGUGCCUCUGAAAUUGUACUCAAGAAAUGCGCGUUCAUUUAUGGCCACGAAGGUCGUCUAGAAAAGUUCACCCGCGAUAUGCAAGACCGCCUAGUCAGACAAGUCAUCGAACCCAUGGCGUGUGACGGCCUUAGGACCAUCUCCGUGGCUUUCCGGGACUUCGUGCCCGGCAAGGCUGAGAUCAACCAGGUGCACAUAGACCAAGAGCCAAACUGGGACGACGAAGAUAACAUCGUGAACAACCUGACUUGCUUGUGCGUUGUUGGUAUCGAGGACCCUGUAAGACCCGAGGUGCCAGAGGCGAUCAGAAAAUGCCAGAAAGCGGGUAUCACGGUCCGCAUGGUGACGGGUGACAACGUGAACACGGCGCGCUCCAUCGCCGUCAAGUGCGGUAUACUUAAGCCUACGGAUGACUUCCUCAUUCUCGAAGGAAAAGAGUUCAACAGUCGGAUCAGGGAUGCUAAUGGAGAGGUACAACAAAACCUAAUAGACAAAGUGUGGCCGAAACUCCGCGUACUCGCGCGAUCCUCACCCACUGACAAGUACACCCUGGUAAAAGGCAUGAUCGAGUCGAAGGCGUUCGACACGCGCGAGGUGGUGGCCGUGACUGGCGAUGGUACCAACGACGGACCUGCGUUAAAGAAGGCUGACGUUGGAUUUGCUAUGGGUAUCGCGGGCACAGAUGUAGCGAAAGAAGCGUCUGACAUCAUCCUUACGGACGACAACUUCUCGUCGAUCGUGAAGGCCGUGAUGUGGGGUCGCAACGUGUACGACUCCAUCGCGAAGUUCCUGCAGUUCCAGCUCACUGUCAACGUGGUCGCCGUCAUCGUCGCCUUUAUCGGGGCCUGUGCGAUACAGGACAGCCCUCUCAAGGCCGUACAAAUGUUAUGGGUGAACUUAAUCAUGGACACGUUAGCGUCUCUGGCGCUGGCGACGGAAAUGCCAACGCCCGAUCUGCUGCAGCGCAAGCCUUACGGCCGCACCAAACCGCUCAUCAGCCGCACUAUGAUGAAGAACAUCCUUGGACAGGCCAUCUAUCAGCUGUUCAUCAUCUUCUCUCUCUUAUUUGUAGGCGACAGAAUCCUAAACAUCCCGUCUGGUCGCGGUGCGGCGAUUGGCUCGGAGCCGACGCAGCACUUCACGAUCAUCUUCAACACGUUCGUCAUGAUGACGCUGUUCAACGAGAUCAACGCACGCAAGAUCCACGGACAGAGGAACGUUUUCAACGGACUCUUCACCAACCCUAUCUUCUACUCCAUAUGGAUCGGCACUGCAUUAUCGCAGGUGGUAAUAAUUCAAUUCGGCGGCAUGGCAUUCAGCACGGUGGGGCUGUCGAUAGACCAGUGGUUGUGGUGCCUCUUCUUCGGCGCAGGAACGCUCGUGUGGGGCCAACUCGUCACCACCGUGCCCACUCGAAAGAUCCCUAAGACACUGUCCUGGGGCCGAGGUCAACCGGAACCGGACACGAUUCAACCAGGGCCAGACUAUGACGGGGACCUGGACAAGAAACCGCGAGCCGGCCAGAUCCUGUGGAUCAGAGGCCUCACGCGGCUGCAAACACAGGACGGUGUCGAAUGGGGCGUGGAGCUGGGCGGCGCAGCUUGCGCGGGCGCGGGAGGGUCGGGAGGGCGGCGGUGCAGCUUGGUUUGGUUGCAGCUGCGCGUGGUGCGCGCCUUCAAGUCGACGCUGGAGGACCUGGAGGAGCGGCUGUCGGCGCACUCGGCGGCGGGCCUUCGCUCGCGCCUGCGCGCGCCGCCGCCCGACAUCGCCUACAUUGACGCCGAUGACGUGCCCGCCGCGUCGCGCACCGAGACCACCAUAUUCUGACCCCGCGGCCCGGUCCGGCCGCCCCACGACCGCGCACCCUGACCGCCCGACGCCUUCUCUUUUGUUCAGUUUGUUUCCGCGGACCCGACGAACCGUUCGUACUUAACCGCGUCGCCGCGACGACUCUCGAUUUUCCGCUUCGAUUCACACUUAUGCUUUAACGACGAUUUGUCGCGUUUCGAGUCUUAAACUAGUACGUUAAGGUUUUUUAUUAAUUGUUGAAUUUUUAGAACUAGGUAGUCGAUAGCAAUAAAGCAGUAGAAAGUUAGCGAUCCGAUAGGCUCUUAUACCGAAUUGUGCCUGUUACGCGCCUCGGCGCCACUGUACGUUUCGAUUUAUAUUGUACGAUAAUGUUCAGAUAGAGGUGUUUUGAGUAUUUAACUAGUUGACGAUUGCGCAUAUCUUAGUGCCGGGACCCCUUUCAUACGUAGGUUAUAUUUAUUACGACCGACUUUGUCUGCCAGUCAUUAAAAAUGAACACUGCUAUUUUAGAGACGGUAUUUGUACAUAAGUUAAAUUUCUUUGACGUCUAUAUGUAUAUCGGAGCAGUGAUAUUUUGUAUAGCUAUUAUAAUAAAAGAAAUAUUAAAAUUCUCCUUUAAAAAUUAUAACUUUUUAAUCGUUAGACUUAAAGUUUUACUGAAGAGAUACUUUUUGAAUUUUCAUCUCUCACUAGCUUCUAUUAGUAGGUAGUUGUUAUCGAAAUUGGCAACAAUUAUAUUGAGAUCUAAGAACUGCGCUCGGCAGCUUGUGUGUUUUGUUUCAUAGUAAAUUUUGGGACCACUUGUACCCUGAUUCUAACUUUGGACUGGGAAGCAUUUAGAUCUACGCAUAUAUCGAAUAUUUAUAAUUUUUCUAUUCAGAUCUGCCUCUAAGAAUCUACAUAAUAUUAUAGAAAAAUAUUAUUAUUCUAAAUACUUAUAUGAUUAUUUUAAUUAACUUAUAUGAUAAUUAUAAAUGUAUACGGCUACCUAAAGUUUAAUAUGAAUGAGACAGCUGACGGCAACAAUCGGCAGAUGAGAGCUCUAACAUAUAUUGUAUAUCCUUUAAACUUGGUUUUGCGAAUGUUACGAGAUCUAUUUACAAUAAAUUUUCAAGCAAAUUCCAAUAGCAUUUUCUUUCGCCACUCGAAUAGUUAUGGUGGGGGCCGCCCAGUUUUAGAAAAAUCGCUCUUUUCAGAUGUUGACGGUAAGUGUAGGUCUGACUCGCGUAGGGAGUGUUUGUAAUGUAAGUAUAAGGUCGUCGAGCUCACGUCAAUGUAGGUACACAAACGAGUAAAUACAGUGUUAUUAUUAGAGCAUGGGUUACGUGUACUGCACGUUGGCUGCCCGUCGUCGUCACGCCACUUGACUUAUUGAACCUACGAAUUAUUCCAUCUUACAAAUAUAUUUUAACAUCAAAAAUUAUUUACUUAUCUGGUUCAAUAAGUCAACGUAGAUUUCACGACCACCUAGUAAGGUGAGAACAUUGGCGGCCAUUUUGUGAAGCAACGCGUUACAAAAUGACGGCUUCAACGUUUAGAUUGUAAGUACUGUGUAGAUGAGAGAAAACUGUAUAUUUUUUGGUACAAAUGUUGUCCUUAUUUUUGUUUUUUAUUUUUUUUGCUUCGCAUUUAAGUGUGUGAUCAUGCUUAUGUUACAGUGUAUGCAUGUAUACGAUGUCUGUGAGUAUGCACAAUUUGUAUUUUCUUUUUUUUAAUAGAUGUUUGGUGCAGAGCUUCUGAUAAUAUUUCUUUAAUGUAAUGACUAAACUUAGUUUUGUCUCGGUAUUAUCAGAUUCUCGUUGAAGGGUUGAUUAUCCGAAUUUUGAAAUGUUAAUAUGUCUAAUAUGUUAUAUGCCUUCACUAAAAUUAUUACUUUAUAUUACAACUCACCAAACUUCUAAUUCAGUAAUUUAAGCAGAGAUUUUUAAAAAUAAAUAAAAUAUAUAAACUCCACUAUACACCAAAACUAGAAAAUUAGGUAUCGUUAAAUCAUCUCAACAAAAUAAUUAAUUAAAACAAAAGGUUCACUUAUUUUUUAUUACCAUCGGUUGUGUAUGUACUUAUUUUAAGUUGGUUUCGUAAACUUUUAGUUUAUUUUGAGUUGUAACGAUUACCAUUUGUUUAUUGUCUAACAUACAUACUUAACCGGCGUUAUUAUAAACAACCAGUUUAAUAUUAAAAACUCAUUUUAAUAAAAGUAUUUAUUAGAUUUGCGGAUAUUUUAUUUACCCGAAAAUAAUCUCACAGCAAUCUCGAAUCACGUUGAAAAUUGCAAUGUAAAAGCGCAUCAUCGUCCGCGAAGUAGCUCACAUACCGGAUUUUUGACAUCUUUCUGCGUAGUAGUAGCUUCCGACACGGUAAUUGAUUCCUAUUUUAUUUCUUUUCUUUAUAUAUUUAGUACUUGCUAUUGGAUGCCCUCGAUUGCCCCGCCCCAGCUAGUGUGAAUGCCCCCUACUCCUAGAAGUUAGGCACAACUGACGGAAUCUGCUUACUAACAAUUUUAACAUUUUCUACUAGCUAUUUCUUCACUUCUAGUAGUGGUGUUCUAAAUCCAAAAGUUCAUUUUUUUUUAAUUUAUCGAAUUAAAUU